AUGUGGGCGUGCAAGAGACAGACUGGUUGGUUGAGAGCAGAUCGACCAUGGAAUGCGGUCACAACUGUGGGUGUCCUGGCAGUAUCCCAGCCCAAGUACAACUAUGAAUCACACAUUGGUGGUGCCAUUAGCCAGGUCGUCUUACUUGCUGCAUACAUCAAUUCGGCCACUCACCUUGCUACAGAGGCCGUCCUUUCCGACACUCCUGUGUUGACAAGCUGUCCUGUAAUAACGAAACUUCAACUUGUUUGA